AUGAUUUUAUUGUUCGUUUUACAAUUUUAUUUUUUGAUAUUAGUACAAUCAAAAUUCUACGAAAUAGAUCGAAAAGAUUCAAAUGAUUUUUUAAAAACAAAAAAUUCUUUUGAGGAUGCCUAUGAACAAUCAAAAGAAAUAAUUGAAACAAAACGUGAAUCAUGUAUUGAUGAAUAUCAACAACAACAAAAAAUCUAUCGACGUCAUCAGGUAUUAUCUUCAUCUUGUAAACAAUAUUGUACAGAAACAAUGGAUUGUCAACAAGACAACGAACAAUUUGCUUGUAUUAAUCCAUUAUAUCCAUCAUGGCCACCUAGAACAUUAAAAUUCAUUAAAAAAAUUCGACGUAUUUGUUAUAUAAAAAUAACAGAAAUUUUACGAUAUGACCAAGCUGAACAAAUGUGUCAACGAUAUGGACUUCAAUUAGCUAUUAUUGAUAAUAUUUCUUUACUUGAACAAUUAAAGCAAAUGAAUAUGUUUAAUACAACAUGUAAAGGUCAAUGUCCACAAACAAGAGGAUAUUAUAUUGGAUUAAAACGAUAUAUGGAUGAAAAUGGUUUAUCAUUAUCGAAAUGGAUUUGGUCUAAUAAUGUAACAUGGACACACAAUGAAACAGAUUGUGAUGAUAAAUAUUCGGAAACAUCUUUUGCUAAUUCAACUUUUCUUUGUUAUAUGGGAUCAGAUGGACAAAAGAAAGUGACAGUAUGGAAUAUAGGUGAACCAAAUAAUCGCCAAUAUAGUGCAUUUCAAAGAGAUGAACAAUGUGUAGAAAUCAUUGCACGUCCAGAUAAUACUGGUUCAUAUGAACAAAUAGGAAAAUUAAAUGAUAUUGCAUGUAUAAAGCCAACAUUAGGUGCUAUAUGUCAAAUGGAUGAUGUUAAACCAAUUAAUAAAACACGGUUUAAAUAUUUUGCAAAGAUUAUUGGAUUUAAUGAAACUGAAAAUGAUUUAUUGAAUGAUUUUUUAUCAAAAAUUAAAAAUUUUUCUUCAAUUAAUCUAGAUUCUAUAACAGUAAUGACGGAUGCACUUGAAAAAUUACUUGUUUUACCUUCAUUUACAAUUGAACAAGCAAACAAUGUAUUAAAUAUUGUUGAUCAAAUUGUUAAUAUUGCAGGACAAAUUGAAGUUGAAAAUAAUUCAUUAAAAACAAUAACUAAUAAAUUACUUCAUUUUAUUGAUUUAUUUCAAGUAAAAAUUCAAAUUAAUAAUAAUGAACAAAUAACGUCAUUUCAAUAUAAUAAUUUGAAUACAUCUUUAAUAAAUAUAAAUUUUGAUCGAUGGCAACAAGAGAACAAGAAUAAUGAAUGGUUUUCUAUAACAUCUGAUCAUUAUCCAAAUAGUAUCGUUCAACUUAAUAUGCAAACAUUACGAGCGCAAGUAGAAUCAACUGAUAAUUAUCGUAUAAUUAAAACAAUAUUUUCAAAUUUUUAUUUAUUUCCGCAAAUAAAUAAAACUAAUCAAACCAAUGAGAAUAGUCAUCAAUUAAUUGGAAUACCAAUAUCCUAUCAAAUAGUUAAUUGGACAAAUGUUAGAACAGAUAAUGAUAUUAUAAGAUUUCAAAUACGAAUAGAUGAAUCUAUUCAAUCGCGUAAUAUCUCAUGUGUUUAUUGGUCAUUUGAUGAAAAUAAUGGUGCAUGGAUAGACGAUAAUGGAUGUCGUUUAAUUGGAUAUAUUGAUGAUUAUGCUCAAUGUUCUUGUAAUCAUCUUACACAUUUUGCUUUACUUUUGGUAUGUUGA